UUUUAGCAGCUGAUAGCAAGAAAUCCCACGGCUUUUUAUUUUUGGUUGUUUUUUUUUUUUGUUUUCUCUCCUUUUAGCAAUACACGCUUGAAAACUAUCAGGCCCUAUUAGGGAUUAGAAAAACCGUCGGCUGGGGAAGCGAGUAGAUCAAGCCCUCAAAACCCAAAAAUAAAAAAGCCGGCUAGUUUCUCCCACAGAAAAGCAUCGCCAAAGCUUGAGGAUGGGAGCGAGGAGCCGGGGGGAAGGGGAAGCCAGAGAGGCGAGCGCCUGGGCCGUCAACAACAAGUGUCGAACCAGACCCACACUACAGGAAGCCGUAGCCUCCGGUGAUAAAUAGGAGACCCGGGAGCACAGGAUGCGUGCAGGGCCGGCUCGGCAGGACGAGGGGAUGUGAGCCGGCAGCCGACGAGUCCCUCCGUCCAUCCGUCUGUCCAUCCAGCCGGAGGGAUGGCCAUCGCCCCGCUGCCGCUGCUGCUGCUGCUGCUGGUCGGGGGGUCCAGCGGGGAAGAGGCCGAGGUGGUCUGCGCCGGUGCUGCCUGCUACACCCUGCACCGGGCCCAGCUGGGCUGGAACGACGCCCAGAAACGCUGCCACGAUAACGGCGGCAAGCUGGCCCCGGCCCACAGCCCCGCCGAGGCCCGGCGGCUGCAGGAGCUGCUGGUGGGGGCCGACUGGACAGGCCCGGCCUGGAUCGGGCUGUGGCUGCCACGGGGCCACUGCGUCCAGCCCCAGGAGCCGCUGCGGGGCUUCAGCUGGGUGGCUGGCGAGGAGGGGGGCAACUACUCGGCCUGGCUGUCCGAGCCCGCCGUCACCUGCCUCAGCACCCGCUGCGUCAGCCUGAAGCUGGCCGGGCCCGCCGGCAGCCCCGGCUGGACUGCCCACCACUGCCGGACUCCGCUGCCCGCCUUCUUCUGCAAGUUCAUCUUCCAGGGGAUGUGCGGGCCCCUGCCGCUGGCCGGGCCCGGCCGGGUCACCUACAACACCCCCUUUGGGGUGCGCAGCCCCCAGCUGGCAGCAGCCCCCUUUGGCACGCUGGCGGACGUCCACUGUGAAGCGGGGGGGGACCCACCCAGGGGGAACCCACCCUUCGCCGUCUGCAAGAAGCUGGAGCAGGGGGAUGGCUUUGCCUGGCACCCCCCCGGGCCCCUCUGCCCUGCCGCCUGCGCCCACCGCAACGGGGGCUGCCAGCACCGCUGCCUGGAGGCACCUGGGGAGCCCCCGCGCUGCGCCUGCCACCCCGGCUACACCUUGGCCCCCGACAUGGCCUCCUGCCUGCCUGAGGAUGCCUGCCACCCCAACCCCUGCCAGGACAUCUGCCAGACCCGGCCCGGAGGAUUCGAGUGCAGCUGCAAGGACGGCUACUACCUGGCGACCGACGGUCGCCACUGCCUGGACGUGGAUGAGUGCCUGGCCAAACCCUGCCAGCACGAGUGCCACAACACAGACGGCAGCUUCGUCUGCCUCUGCCAGCCCGGCUACCAGCCGACGGGGCCUGGUGGCCACCACUGCCGCGAUGAGGAUGAGUGUGCCCAGCCCGGUGUCUGCCCCCAGCUCUGCAUCAACAUCCCGGGAUCCUUCCACUGUGCCUGCCAGCCCGGCUACCAGCGCCAGCCUGGCAGCGAUGCCUGCGUGGACGUGGACGAGUGCCUGCGGGACCCCUGCCCAGGGACCUGCCAGAACCUGCCCGGUGACUUCAAGUGCCUCUGCUCACACGGCUUCCUCCCAGAGGAGGAUGGACAUGGCUGCCGUGCUGCACCCACCGCCAGAGAGGAGCCUUCAGUGGGCCCCGACAGCACCCCGCAGACCACAGGCACCACAGGGACCAUGGGCGCCUUGCAGACCAAGGGCAUCCUCCGGACCACAGGUGCCCCAUCGACCAUGGGCAUCCCCCAGACCCUGGGUGCCCCCAUCGGGGCAACACCACCGGCCCCUACGGCAGUAGGGUCAGCACCCGGCCCAGAGCACAGCGCUGACGGCCCCAGGCUGCUCUUGUAUUAUAUCCUGGGCAGCCUGGUAGCCAUCCUGCUGCUGCUAGCCUUCUCCCUGGCCCUGCUGGCCUGCAGGAAGAGAGCAGCCAAGCAGGAGAAGCGGCCAGCCAAAAGCGCAGCGGACAACUACUGCUGGGUGCCCGAGCAGCCGGAGAGCCGUGGGGCGGGCAGCGAGCGCAGGUAACAGCACCCGGGGCGGCGGGAGGGGGUACGGAGCCGUGAGCGACAGACAGCGUGUUUGCAAAUUAAAAAGAAAGAAAUAAAAGGGGAGGAGGGGAUGCUAUCUGUUUUAACGUGGUUUUACAUGUCCGAGAGUCUGUCCUGGGGUUCCUUGCAAAGGGGGAGCUGAUCUCCCCCUCAAAAGGCAGGUCUGGGCGCUGGGUGGGAAGGCAGCUCAGAUCAGCCCAGUGGUUUAUAAACCAGCCACCGCUCUUCCAAGGGGAGGGUUAACAGGGACGGUGCUGUGGGGUUGGGACUGGAUGGGGUUGAAGCUGCCUGCCGGCUGCCCCUCAGCUCUGCAGAACCUCACCUUGCUUAAAACCAGCAAAUUGUAAGUAUUGAUUUGUCUCCCUAAAGGAAAACAGUUAAUUUCAUUUUUCAUUUGGUCUCCCCUACCUUUUUGCCGACGUGCAAAAGCAGCAGCUUCUGUGCCCUUUUCCCACAGCCCCCCACCCCAGCCCCAUCCUUUGUCAUCCCAAAAGCAAUGCUAGCCACCCCCCUCGCCCGCCUGGCAGCAGCCAGCCAGCAUUCAACCAGUGUUUUCACCUUGCUCUCAUUAAAAUGGAUUUGAAAUUCUUAGGUGUUUUUUUCACCAGGGCAAGAGCUAGUCUCCGCAGCCACAAGCAGGGGUUUUUUAGGUGUUUUGUUGUUGUUUUUUUUUUUAAAAAAAAUCCCACAGAUGUCACAUCAGAGGACACUGAAUAGACUUUUUUCAAACUACAGCAGAAGAGAGCUUCUUCAGGGGAGCAGACACUGCAAAGGUAGUGGAGCUAUCACCCCUGCUGCAGGUGCCCAGACCUGUGCAGGAGGAUGGCACCGAGUUGGGAGCAGGGAGGCAGCAAUUCUUCCCCCGGGGCACCGAGCCCCAUAAGGCCAGACCUUAGUCUGCCCCCUGAGCACAGGAGGUGCACAGCCCCCCGGAAAGCUGUUCAACUCGUAGACAAGGGGCCAAGGCAGAGAAUAGAUGGUUAAAAGGUAUGAAAAACUAUGUUUAGAAGAACCACCUACCUGUUUCCAGUGUAUUCAGUUGAAAACCACUUGUAAAAUACAGAAAACAAUGCUCUCCUUCAAAUACAGCCGGAUGAGAGACCAGCCUUUUCCUGUUGGAUCAUACUUUUUGGGUAGGACCCCUUCCCGACUGCUUGGGGCCCAGACUGAGUGCAUUUUCCAUUCCUCCCCCUGUAGAGAAUACACUGGAUGUUGUAUAUUUGCUAAUUAUUAUAUAUAAAACUUUUAACCCCGCUUCAAAGCAAGUGCUUUCUCAGGGCCAAGUUGUUCCCCAGUCUUCCCUAGGUACCUAACUUCAGAGAGCUGUUUAUACUUGGGCGCUCCUGACAAUGAAACCUCUUGGAGCUGUUUCUGUGUGAAUCCUCCCCAAAAAUCUGAGGACCAAGGGGCCAUUCCUGCUUCCCAUCAAGCAGUGCUAGCUUCAUUAUUUACCCGUGCUCUACAAGGCAAAAAGAUGGUAGAAAAGAACAGGCAUGUGAUUUGAAGGGUACAUAAGUUUCCUGAAGUUUCUGCUGGUUUUAUUGUGUACUUGAGACUUAAUUGCUACAGAAAUGGGAACUGAACACAAAGGAGUUUACUGUAGGCAGUGACCUGCAUCCUGUUCUUCCAUGUGUGGAGGAAAACCCUUUCCUGCUGUUUUUUUGGUCUUCAUUCCUCCAUUGUACAUUAAAAAAAAAACAAAAAAAACCAACACCAAAACAACACAGGAAAGUGUAGCUGAUAGAAAUGUUUUUAACAUUCUGUCCAUGCUUCCUUUUUUUUCUGCGCAGUAGCUGGGAGAAGCGGUGAAUGCAGGAGUGGCAUUCUUAGAAGUCCCACAGAAAAUUCAUACCCUGCCUGUGUUAUGACAAGCCGGCACAGCAUUCUGAAUUCAUUAAUAAAUCAAGAAAAUGAAUAAUCCUAGCAAAAUCAGUGGGACAACCUACAUACAUCAAAUGAUGCCUGUGCUGUCUAGCUGUGGCGACUCGGGGUCUGUAUGGGGAAAAGGCAGUCUCAGCGACGUGCCUCACAUUGCAGGGACUAUUUGGGUUGCUUUGUUGAAAGCUGAGGAAUUUUCCAGAUGUCUCCAUCUCAGGAGCAUUUCUGCCUUAUUUUUCAGUUAAGGUAUCAAUUAAUUGUUGUACAUAACGCUUACUCCACUACGAAAAAGGGAAAAGAGAGCACGAGUGUAGGCUUAAAGUUUCUGUGCUUAGGUUUAACUUGGGUCCUCUCUGGUGGAAUAUUUCCUGAUGUAGCAUCCUUCACCCUGGUGCAAUUACACCCGGAUAAUCUCGCGUCUCCCUUCCUUUCUUCCUGCCACAAACCCAGCAGGAAUGUUUUCAUCUGUGUCCUUGUUAGGGAGUUAUCCAGGGCCCAGUGAAUCCCAUGGGCUAAAGCAAAUAGGAAUGGGACCAAGAUAGCUUGGUACCCUGUCUUAAGUCAGAGGAGAUCAGAUGUUCAUCCUGGCCCAAGGGGGUUUUACUGCGGUGCCUGGGGCAGCUACCUCUGCUCCCUCUUCCUUCUGUACAAAAGAGGUGUCAUUAGAAGCAACACCUAAAACUGUCCUGCUGCCACCAUGGCAGGACAGGCUAUCCAACACGUCUGAAAUGCUUUGUACGUGUCAACCAGUUUGUAAUGAACUAAGUGUCAUAUAUUUUUAUGGUCCAGAAUUAAGACAUGCCCCAAUUUUGUGGAAAUGGCACAUCGGGACUGAAUUUUACUUCGUCACCCGCGCGGUGAUGGCACAGAACCACAGCCUUGCAGAUGCCUUUGACUAAAAAAAUAAUGUUAUCCCACAUGUUGAAUAAGACUGUACGUUGCUUUUCUGAUGAAACACCAAUAAAAUCUAAAUGGAAUGUAUUUUCAGUGUUUUUUAAUAAAUAUAUACGAUAUCAAAA